GGCGAUAUUAUUACCACUCGCUUGUGAAGCGCAUGCUGCAUCAACAUUGAUUGCAUUGGAAAAAUGGCGACGUCCACAAGUAACAGCGUGAAUAUGGAUGAUCCAGAAGGAAGAGCCAAUAAAUCGUCGAAAAAGGACAUAAAUGAUAAAGUUAACCUUGUAAUCAAUAAUAGGAAACAUGCGAAUUAUGUUUUUGAUAUUCUAGAAUAUUUACAGGGCGACAAAGAGAAGAAUGUUGCUUGUGCGGUCAAUGCUUGCAACAAGCUGUUCUGCUCGAUGCUGAAGAGGGGCGAUCUGUUCGUCGGCCAGUUGCCCAGCGAAGAGGAUAUGCUCUCCGCCGAUCACAGCGCUGAGCAGAAGUAUCGUAUGUUCAUGCGACAUCGCUACAACAGCUGCAACGACCUGCUGCUGGAGCUGAUGCACCACGAGUCCUUCCAGGUCAAGGAAAGUGCCCUUCUUACCCUGAUGAAGUUUGUGACGAUGGAGGGGAAGUUUCCUCUCCUGGCUGUGGACUGGGAGGAGCACUACCACUUCCCCAGGGAGCUGCUGAAGGCAGUGGUGGGGCAGUUGUUGUCAGACAAGGAGGACAUGGCCCUGCUGAUCUCCAGGUUCCAGGAGUUCCUGGAGAUGGAGGACGUGCGCUACUAUGUCAUGGGCUCCAUCAGCGACAGCGUGGUCAGGGUGAUGGAGAAAGCCAAAGGGGCAGUGCUGCCGGUCUACCAGGGCAACGUGUUCCUCCUCACCUCCAGCGUUUCCAUGCCCAGCCAGGAGGCCGAGCUCUCCAACUUCCUGGUGAAGCAGGCCGCUAAACAAGGGGACUGGAAAGCAGCCAAGUUGAAGGAACACAAGCAUGCGUUCGAGCGAAUGUGGCUCUGCUUUCUGAAAUACAAGUUGCCUAGCAGCAUGUACAAGAAGGUCCUGGUGAUUCUACACGAGUCGAUCCUGCCCCACAUGAGUAAGCCCACCCUGAUGAUCGACUUCCUGACCGCGGCCUACGACGUGGGGGGCGCUAUAAGCUUGCUGGCUCUGAAUGGACUGUUUGUGUUGAUUCACCAACACAAUCUUGACUACCCCGACUUCUACAAGAAGCUGUACAGUCUGCUGGAGCCCUCAGUGUUCCACGUCAAAUACCGAGCGCGGUUCUUCCACCUGGCCAACAUCUUCCUCUCCUCCAGCCACCUGCCCGUGUACCUGGUGGCGGCCUUCGCCAAGCGCCUGUCACGGCUGGCCCUGACAGCGCCCCCCGCUGCCCUGCUCAUGGUACUGCCGUUCAUCUGCAACCUGAUCCGCCGCCACCCAUCCUGCCGAGUGCUCAUACACCGGCCCAGCGCGUCUGACGAACCCUGCGAUGACCCCUACCUGAUGGAGGUGGAUGACCCCGCCCACUGCCACGCCCUGGAGAGCAGCCUAUGGGAACUGCAGACCCUGCAGAAACACUACCACCCAGACGUAGCCAAGGCUGCCAUGGCGAUCAACAAGCCUCUGACAGAGCAGGAGGAUGAAAUUGACGAUCUGCUGGAGCUUUCAGCCUAUGAGCUGUUUGAACGGGGCUUGCAGCAGAAGGAGAAGCAGGCGCUGCCGCUGGAGUUUGAGGUUGCGACCCAGCUGCUGCAGGGGUCCGGAGGGGUUUUGGGGGCUCACUUCUCCCUGGAAUAGACCACACCAGAACGGACUCCCAAGUCUGUCCCAACCCCACGCAAAACCCUCACAUACAAACUUUUCCAACAGGCUGUUUUUCAUUUUAUAUCUUUAAAAAAAAAAAAAAAAUAAUAAAACCUUAAAAAAGAGAAUAUCGCUCUGAAAUAAAUCCUGUAUUUCAAAGUUUACUUGGCCUGCAUGUUUAGUAGGCUGUCAUGUUUUGGCAACUGUGGAAAGCAAGAUUCUGACUGGCUUGUCAUGAUGGUUUUCUCUAAGAUAGGAUAAGGUUGCUAUGGGGACAGACUCAAACAAACCUUAAGGUAGUAUUUCUCAACCUCGGUCCUGGGGACCACUGUGUAUACUGUUUUUUUUCUCACAGCAAAUCUUUUGACUUGCUUUAUUAAGGUUAAAUGCAUGCAUUUCAGUUGGUUCAUAUUUUCUUUCCGUAAACGUGACACAAUGCAGGUUCUGCUUAUUUGCUUUGCUUUUUUAAUGAUUUGUUAUUGGCCAAAUAGUUUUGGUGGCCAGGGGCUUUAUAAAAUGUGUACGUUAAA